AUGGUCACUACUCGCUCAAAGGCCUCCGGCGCCGCUGUGGGCACUGCCAAUGGCAACUCGGAUAUCAAGAAGCGCAAGACCGAGAGCGACAUCGCGCCCGUAGAGUCUAAGCAACCGAAAGUGCGCGAGAACACCGACAUCACCCGUUGGCGAUGCAUGGACGAGGACGGACGACUCACCUGGCACUACCUGGAAGACGAUGAGGAAGCGAAAGAAUGGCCCCAGAGCUUUGCAGACAAAUGGUACCUCGGCCUGGAUCUUGGUCUACCUGAUCUCCCGAAACCGCAGAAGCCGAUCGACGCUGUACAGAAUGGUCUGACCUUUUUUGAGAAACUUCAACUGCCAUCGGGAGAAUGGGGCAGUGAAUAUGGCGGGCCAAUGUUCUUGCUGCCAGGCAUCGUCUUUGCCUGGCACAUCACAAAGACGCCAAUUCCAUGGUACAAGGCAACAGCAAUCAAGAACUACCUCAAGGCACGAGCACAUCCCGAAGACGGCGGAUGGGGCCUUCACAUUGAGGGAGACAGUAGUAUCUUUGGCACCGCAAUGAACUAUACUGCAUUGCGCCUUGUGGGGGUUGACGCAGACGAGCCUUUCAUGGUAAAAGCGAGAACAACUUUGCAAAGGCUGGGCGGUGCGACUCAUGCACCGCAUUGGGCCAAGUUCUGGCUCAGUCUUUUGGGUGUGGCCAAGUGGGAUAUCGUCAAUCCCGUGCCUCCAGAGAUUUGGCUGCUUCCCGAUUGGUUUCCCGCUGCCCCUUGGAGGUGGUGGAUACACAUCCGACAAGUCUUCCUGCCCAUGGGGUACAUAUACUCCAAGCAGUGGUCAUGUGAGGAGACAGACGUUAUCAGGGCGCUGAGACAGGAGGUAUUCGCCGAGAAAUGGGAAGACAUUGACUGGAAAGGGAAUCGUAACAGCAUCGCCGCAAUUGACAACUACCACCCGAAAACGUGGCUGCUCAAUACUGCAAACUGGUUCUUGGUCAAUAUCUGGAAUCCGUAUUGCAGGACAAAGGGUCUGGUUGAGAAAGCCGAGGCCUGGUGCAGCAAAUUGAUUGACAUGGAGGACGCCAAUACUGACUUUGCUGAUCUUGCACCUGUCAAUGCGGCCAUGAACACGAUUGUAUGCUACAUUCGUGAUGGCCCGGGUUCAUACACUGUGCGGAGACAUGUUGAGAGACUGGAAGACAGUCUGUGGGUCAAGGAUGAGGGUAUGCUCAGCAAUGGUACCAACGGUGUGCAGAAUUGGGAUACUGCCUUUGCCAUCCAGGCUGUUGUGGACGCAGGUCUGGCCGAGGAUCCCCGCUGGAAGCCAAUGCUCACUCGAGCUCUCGAAUUCUUGGAUAGCCAGCAGAUCCGGGAGAACUGCGAAGAUCAAGAGGUCUGCUACCGCCAGCAGCGAAAGGGUGCUUGGGGCUUCAGUAACAAGGUCCAAGGGUAUGCUGUGAGCGACUGCAUUUCAGAGGCCGUGAAGUCGGUCAUCCUGCUGCAAAAGACACAUGGCUACCCCGAACUUUUAAACGACCAAAGAAUCUUUGAUGCAAUCGAUACCCUGCUCACGUACCAGAACGCUUCUGGGGCAUGUUCAUCAUAUGAGCCAACACGUGGAAGCGAGCUUUUGGAGAUGCUUAAUGCUGCUGAGGUUUUCGGCAAGAUUAUGGUAGAAUACGACUAUGUUGAAUGUUCGACGGCAGUGAUCACUGCGUUGUCACUUUUCAACAAAUAUUGGCCUGAUUAUAGAGCCGACGACAUCAAGAAGUUCAAGGACAGAGUACUUGUCUAUAUCAAGAAGGCUCAAUACCCUCACGGUGGAUGGUACGGAAACUGGGGCAUCUGCUUUACCUACGCUACCAUGUUUGCACUCGAGAGUCUAUCAAGUGUUGGAGAGACGUACGAGACCAGCCCACACGCCAAGAAGGCCUGUGAGUUCUUGCUUUCAAAGCAAAGGGCCGAUGGAGGCUGGUCGGAAAGCUACCGAUCCUGUGAAUCAAACACGUACCAUGAACACCCAAUGGGAUCACAGGUCGUGAUGACGUCGUGGGCACUCAUUGGAUUGAUGCAUGCAAAAUAUCCCGACAUCGAGCCCAUCAAGAAGGGUAUCAAACUGGUCAUGGAAAGGCAGCAGCCCAAUGGAGAAUGGCUACCAGAAGCCAUCGAGGGAGUGUUCAACAAGAGUUGCAUGAUCACCUACCAGAACUACAAGUUCACCUUUACAUUGAAGGCUCUUGGAAUGUUUGCUGAACGAUACCCUGACGAGACUGUGGUUUGA